CCGGCUAGAUCAUUCCCUUCCCCAGACCUGAGCGACAAGCUCCUGGCGGCAAAUGGUUCCUACCCACCGUGGCCACCUUCGGCAACGUGAGUCUAGUGCGAAGGCCAGCCCUGUGUUCGUGUGUACGCUGCAGCUGCCCGUCAGGCCCCCCCCCCAGCCCUCGCUAUGAAGGUGUGCCGCCUCGUCUGAACGCAGCAGGAGGACCAUGUUGAGGCAACAACGCCCAGGUGAGGUGCAGCUGGGGACAGCCCUGUAUGAGCUGGUUGGCUACAGGCAGCCCUCCUCCACCUUGCUCCCUAAGCAAGUGCAUGACAAGCCGGAGCCUGCUCCUGAGCAGCAGCAGGGGCUGGGCAGUGCCAGAGGCGGCGGCGGCAAGACAGAGCAGAAAAAGGAGCAGCAGCAGCUGAGGCGGAAGAUCAACAGCCGGGAGAGGAAGAGGAUGCAGGACCUGAACCUGGCCAUGGACGCGCUGCGGGAGGUGAUCAUGCCCUACUCGGCAGCCCACUGCCAGAGCUCCCCAGGCAGGAAGCUCUCCAAGAUCGCCACGCUGCUCCUGGCCAGGAACUACAUCCUCUUGCUGGGCAGCUCGCUGCAGGAGCUCAGGCGGAUCAUUGGGGAGAUGAGCGGCUCCGGGCCCAGGCUGCUGCUGGCCGGGCUGCCCCUCUUCGCUGCGCCGGGCUCUGUGCUGCUCACCCCGGGGAACUUGAACCACCCGGACAGCCUGCGGUCCGCCAGCAAAUACCUCUCGCUGUCCCUGGAGGAGCAGCAGUGCAGCCAGCUGCAUUUGGCCGGAGGCGCCAGCCUGUGCACCUGCGCCAUCUGCAAGUUCCCGCACUUCAUCCCCUCCAGCCUCAGCCUAGCCGCCGUGCAGAGCCAGUUCUCCAAGUGAUCGCAGGCGCGGGGCGGCGGGAGGAGGGGGCGCGGGGUGGGGUGCCAGGCCGGGGACUGCAAGCUUCGGGCUCCGGAGCGCUGGGGGGGGGGGUGUCGGUGCGCUCCGGGCAGCUGCGAGGAAGGCGGGCCCGGGCUCUUGGCUGCCCCUGGGGGAAGGGCCGCUGGGCGACGCUCUGCGGCGCGCCUGAAGGCGUGUGUUUGCAAGGGCCUGUUUUCAAAGCGGAACCCAGGCGGCAGAGCGAGCUCCCAGAGCCCCUCGGCGGAGAGAACCCGCGCUGGGCUCCGCUCAGCCGCCCUGGCUGAGUCACGCCCCUGAGCCGCGGGAGGCUCGCUUGGGGUGUGCCAGCCCUGGCCUCGCCGCCGCUAUAUCGGCGAUGCCCCUGCAGGCGUCCCACAGGUGACAGGGGGGGAGAGGCCAGAAUCCUUUGGCCACCCGAGUCGAAGAUAUGGAAAACAAUGCCGAAAAGAUCCGUUUAACGGAGCAUCUUCCACAACGUUUUAUUUAGCUAGGAGAGUAUCUAAUCACUGUAGCUGGAACUGCACCCUGGCUUACUGAGCUAGCAUUCAGGGUAAUAAAGUAACCGGUCUUAAACAAUAUGUAGAAUUAAAGGUAUGUACUAGGCAGUGGUUUAAAGGAGACAGUACUUCUUCUGUGUAGUCAUUUUCUCUUUCAGUAACCUAAGCAGAAUCCAACUUGUCACCUACUCGCGAUCAUUUCGAAUCCUAGAAAUGUAGGACUGGAAGGGACCUCCAUCUUUAGGAAUCUGAAUUUUUAGAACUGAAACAGGGUGGGUUUUUUUAAGUCUUGUGCGGGGGAGCAGCUUAUUGUAUUUCUAGAUUGGUUUAACCACCAACAUUUGAGUGUUGCUUGCAAACAUAAUGCCACCUUGAACACAAAUAAGUACCACAAUUUACUAAAAAGGAGAGAAUGCGUUCCUGACGAUAUGCAUUACCCAGAGAAGAUAAUCCAUUAACUCUAUCUAAUAGAGGAAAAUAAGGUAGGACCACUAUCUGAGGAAAGCAAAAGUUGCUCCCCCGCCCCAUACUGUGUUAAUCCACAUGAUGCUUUCAGAGGCAGCCUUAUUACUGCAGAUUUCUAAGAAUAGACAAGGUCAAUUCUGAAACACUUUUUUAAACAAAGGUUUUUGAAAGGUAAAGAAAGCAGAGUGUUUCUUCAGAGCCAGCCUGUACAUUAGUUAAAAGACACUGCAAAGAACAGGAAUCCUCACUAGUAUACUAAUACAAGUGAAAUGUACAUUUAAAAGCAAUGUUUAUGAUGGGGUUUUUUCAUGCACUUAUUUCUGGGAAUGGGUUUUCCUUGUUUUGUUGCUUUGUAGUUUAUUUUAAUGGCAUAUUUUAACUGUAGUGUUUUAUCACUGUGUCACCCUUUUACUUGGAAAUGUACAGUCAAAAUAAAAAUCACAAUUUCCCUGUA